CCACCACUGAAGAUUUCACUUUGAAAUUUGUAAAGUCUAGUGGCCUGGUGUCUGUCUUAAACAACAUGUUUGCUAGUAGGUACAACGUGUCAUUUCAUAACAUACUACAUGCCACUAGUAUGGAGAACAGAUUUCAAAUAUUAUGUAAACAAGAAACAAUGGUCAGAAGUGUGGUCUUAAGUUCCAAUACAAACUAAAGCAAUAUAAAUGGAUAAAUAGGCAAUGCAUUGCUCCAACAAGGCUGUGUUAACGCUAAUACUUUCAACAUUUGCAUUAAAUGUAAGAAUCUUUGUUCCCACUUUAUGUGGGAAUGCCCUCUGAUUCAAUCUUUUUGAAAAAGGCUGCUGGAAAUAUGUAACCAAAUUUCUGAGUAAUAGAUUCCUCUUAAUUGUAAUUUAUGCUUAGUAAAUAUUUAUCCCAGAUGGUGCUGUGAUCUCUAAGAAUAUCAGGUCUUUACUUAACUUCUGCUUUUUGAAAGCCAAACAGUACAGAGCUUUCUCUUUGAAGAAGCAGCAAACCUGUGCAAAUUUACAGCGGCCUAAGACAUUCUUUAGAAAAGAUAAGCUAUCUAACAAAAACAUGGAAAGUUCUGGAGCAUUUGGAACACCUUCCAUAUAACUUUCAUAACAGAUUAACACUGUAGAGUAUUUGGUUUUUAAUUAGUGUUCAUAAAUACAUCCAAUGGCGGUUUUUCUUUUUCCCUUCCCCAUAGCUGUGCCUGAUCCUCCAGAGGAUCCGGAGGUCCUCAGUAAGACAAAAAAGUCUGUUACCCUCUCUUGGUUCACACCUUUGCAUGAUGGAGGAAGUCCCAUUCUGGGCUACAGAGUGGAGAUCCGAAUGGUAGACAGUGCCCUCUGGCUUCCAUGUCAUUCUGAGCCUGUGCGUAACACCGAAUUUGUGGUUGAAAAUCUCAGUCCAGGCAGUGCCUACAGGUUUAGAGUGGCAGCCAUCAACAGAGCAGGGAUAGGGGAGCCUGUUGAGCUGCCUCAGACUGUUCAGCUUGAAGCACCUCCUCUGCCACCGAUUACUCCAGAUGCAAAACAGGAAGUAACUGAGGCACUGGGACAACCCAGUCUUCCUCCUGAGGCUGCUGAAGAAGGUGAUCUCCAUGAACUUUGGGAAGCAUCAGCCAAGAAACGACGCAUGAGUCGGGAGCCAACUCUGGACUCCAUCUCUGAGCAACCAGAGGAGGAUGGCAAAAGGGGUCAGAGCAAAUUAGACCAGAAUCAGCUUCCACAAUCUGAGAAAGUGGAAGUCAAAUCAACAGAGAAGGAGCAGGCCAUUGUGUCAAAGAAGCAGACAGAAGCCAGCCUGUGCACCAGCUCUGAGGAUGAGUCUGUUUCUGGGCGUUCGACGCUUGUUUCCUACCUCAAAAAGAGCAGCAAGACUACUGAGACAGUGACAAAGGAAGCAGAUACUCUAGCCACUGAGAGGUUCUUCGCACAUUUCCAAAUGUCAGAGCAGAAAACUGUGCAGCAGACAGAAGUGAAAACAACUGUAGUUCAGCAAACCCAAGAAAAACACGUGUCUACAGAGGAAACUAGCAUCAUGGAGAUCGGUAAAGAGGAUGACCCUGAGCUCAGAGAAGCUGCUGUUAAGAUUCAAGCUGCCUUCAAGGGUUACAAGGCCCGCAAGGACAUGCGUCCUGUUUUUAAAGAUGUCUUCAAAGACCAGACUAAAGAACCUAAUGGCACCAUACAUCUGGAAUGUGUGACAGAAGGUAAACCUGAUAAAGUCCGCUGGCUGAAAGAUGGAGAACCACUGACGGAUGGCAAGCAUCAUCAUAUUGAUAUCUAUAAUGAUGGCACCUGCUCACUGGUCAUUACUGCAAUCACCACCAAGGACACUGGAGUUUACACAUGUGAAGCCACUAACAAGUUUGGGGUAGCUUCUCACAGUGGUAAGGUGACCGUGGGAACGGUAAGAGAAUCAUCAGGCCGACGGCCGCUUACUGUAGGUUACAGUGCUGACAGUGAGCCUGAGAGCUCCUCCGGAAGUGAGAUGGAUGAGUCGCUGAGACAGGCAAGCAGACGCCUCCGGCGCCUGUUGCGCACGCGUCUCCCACCAGAUGUUGAGGAAGAACCAUUUGUCAGUGCAGAUGAAGGAGACUUGCGAGCCCCAGACCCACAAUCUUACCGUGAAGAUGACAAUUAUAUCUACAUUCGUUUUGAUUCACGGACAGAAGCUGAAGUUGCCUCUACGAGAUUUCAGGAGAUGUUUACAGUCCAUGGGGUUCCUGUGGAGACCACAAUCUUACCUGCAGGGCCUCACAAAGUGGAGCUGCGAAUUAAAAAGAUGAGCUACAUACAAGAUGGUACACAGACGCCCACACAAGAUAGACAGCCUCCUGCUUUCAUGACUGGAGCUCCAGCUGCACCUGUCUUCUUAACCGAGCUACAAAGUCAGGAUGUUCCAGACGGUUAUCCAGUCAGCUUUGACUGUGUUGUGAUUGGCAAGCCACCUCCCACUGUUCGCUGGUAUAAGGAUGGCAAGCUGCUGGAGGAGAACGACCAUUACAUGAUCAAUGAAGACCAGGAGGGCUGUCACCAACUUAUCAUCACCACUGUGUUGCCUACUGAUAUGGGGGUCUAUCGCUGCACAGCUGAAAACAGCAGUGGCAUUGCAUCUACUAAAGCUGAACUCAGGGUUGACAUGUCUUGCAGCUCAGAUUAUGACACUGCUGCUGAUGCCACUGAGACGUCUUCUUACGUCAGUGCCAAAGGAUACAUGUCCAGGGAAACUGAGACCUUUGAGUCUGUAGCUGAAGAUGAUCAGCUACCGCAGGUUGUGGAGGAGCUUCAUGAUGUUCACGUCUGUCCAGGUUCACCUAUUGCAAAGAUGCAGCUUAAAGUAAAGGGUUUCCCGAAACCCAGAAUAUACUGGUUCAAAGAUGGCCACCCUCUACGACCUUCAGAAAGAAUUCAUUUGUUAGCAGAGAGAGACGUUCAUGGCGUGGAGAUCACGGAGGUGAAAAAAGAGGAUAUGGGGGAGUACUCCGUCUACAUCAGCAAUGCAGCUGGUUCUGCUUACUCCUCUGCCCGGAUGAUAGUAUUGAGUCCUGGGGAGAUUUUACCACAAGAGAAAAAGGACCCUAAAGAGCCCCUGGUGCCACCCCGCUUUAUUGAAAGGUUCAGCAAUAGGAAGGUGAAACAAGGAACAAGCAUCACUCUGUCUGUGAAAGUAGAAGGAUCUCCUACUCCCAUGGUCAACUGGCUAAAGGAGGAAUCUUUGGAGGAUGUCCUGUGGAUCAAGCCUGACACUAAAGGAUACAAAAUAGCAAGCUCUGGGCGCCACCACAGUCUCAUCUUGAUGGACGUGGGCACAGAGUACACUGGUGCCUACACCUGCAUUGCAACAAAUAAAGCUGGACAGUCCAUCUGCACUGCUCACUUGGAGGUGGAUGAGACUCCUCAGCCCAAGAAAGAGACAGCGGCUUCAGAGUAAGUUAUUUUUGAAACCUUUUGAUUGCCUUGCACAAAA